AUGCCGUUCGCGCUUCGAUGGAGAAAACCUCGUCUCCAGCCGACUGUGCGGUUUUCAAGCCUUCUGCUCUCGGAUCACUUCCCGGUGUGCGGAGGGGCAAUCCUUGAACCUGAGUUGAGGCAAUUAUACUACCGGGCGCUGGAAGGAGCCGACACCUUCAGGCGCACAUCACAGGGAGGUCAGGUGCCUCCGGGAUCCGGGGUAGAGGCUGGACAGCCUGACCCGCCAGCGCUGCAGCCAAAGCGAAAGGCUCAGCCCCCCCAGGACAGCAAAGAGGAGGAGAAGCCCGCGAUCAAGGAGGAAACGCCCAACUACAGCCCAGACAAGAGCCCUGAGGAUAGGAAAGAACCAACAACCCUUGAGGAGGAGGCAGCAAGUGAAAAGAAAAAGAAGAAGCCAAGGCCUCGUAGCCCGGCUGGGCCGCCUCCACCGCGUGCCGAGGGGUACGGCCGGUGGGAAGGACCUAUUCCUGCGUACCGGGGCCAAGAGGAGUGGCCUAGGUACCCAGACGCAGAAAACAAAGGGGUGAAGAAGCGCAAGCAACAGGCGUUGUUUGCUGAGUUCAAAGCUUGGCGGAAGAACAAGAGGGCACCCAGGGCUAAAGCAAAGGGCGUUGCAAAAGCCAAAGUGAGGGUGAGAGGAAUUUUGAGGAGGCCAGCAAAGGCUGGAGAGGCAGAGGAGCUGGGAGACAAGGAUAUCUCCGAGGCAUUUGAGGAAGGCAAAGAAGUAGCAGCAGCAGAGCUACCUUUUUCAGCAUGGCGCAAAGGAGUGAGGCUCAUCUUCAGAGAUGCCACCUAUUGGGAGGAGAAGGUGCAGGUGGUUGGGGUCCUUCAGACUUUCCAGGUGGAUAGAGAGCAAGUGACCCUGAAAGUGCAGUUAGAGGGAACUCGAUCGGAGUCCUUGGUCAAAUGGAGUGGGGCCCAGCCGCACAGGAUGAUGGACGUUCAUCUAUGCCAUCCCGAUUGUGGCCACCUCUCGAAGGAUGGGCUGCUUCAUGUGGCACGGGUGCAGCAGUGGAAACCCGAGCUGAAGGAGGCUUGGAUGGACAACCUGAUAGAAGUGAGCAGGGAGCCAAGAGAAGAGAUGGACGAGUUGGCCAAGAUCAGAGAAAGGGCCCAGCAGAGGGCUGUGCAAGCAGGACACGAGUUGGGAGGAGGUCAAGCAGGCGACGAACAGUCGGUGGCAUCGAGCAGUCCAAGUCGCAAGAAGAAAAAGAAGAAGAAGAAGAAAAGAUCGCGAGAGGACGAGAAAGAAAAAAGCAAGGUGAGUGCGACCAAGGACCUCACUGCAAUCUUUGGGAAUACAGCGCUGGAUCCCAGUCCAACAGUGCGCAAAAGGAUAAAGAAGAAAGCAAGGAGGAUUGCAAAAAAGAAAGGAGCAAAGGGGAGGUCAGACUCUUCCACCUCCGGUUCAACAUCUGGGAGCCAGGGCUCCGAGGUCGAAGGAGGCCGUUUGUUCGGCGAAGAAGUAAGAGUCAAGAGCCUCUGGAAGGCUCAUCCGGGUGCACUCACCCUCAACAGUCUGGAAUAUAUCCAGAACAUGGUGGUGACUCAGGCCGGGCAGAUGUGGAGUAUAGACACCUCCUCCCUGCCGCCCCUGUUCAGUCAGUUUUGGAGGAUGAUCCUGAGUGGCAAAGCAACGGGUGCGAUGGCACGGGAAAUGCAAACGUUAUGCUUUAUCCAAGAUUUGAUCCUUCAAGGAAAAAUCGCUUCUGCAGCAGACGUGAUAACGCAACGACUAAAAGGAUUAGAACAAGUAGCUGCUGGGAGUCAUUACUCCAUCACUCAAAGGCAAGAACUCGUGCCGGUCGACAACACGGUCAUGACGACGCCGACAGAAGCUUUGGAGGCAUCCAGACUACAUCGAGAAGAAGCUCGAGCAAAGGCCGUUGGAGCGGCUGAGGAUUACUGGGAGUUGUCGGACUCUGUGGUAAGUGCAUCGAAUUUAAGUCGCACUGAGGGUGUGCUGGUGGAUGGUGAGAGCGCGGGGCAUGGGCCGGCGCCAUAUAGGUGCCCUGCGAGCUGGCCAGACUCCAGUUCUCCUGAGACGUCUGAAGGACCGACCGGUCUGCUAGUAGGCCUGGCAGGCGACGUUCGUGACUCUGGUCUUUGCGCAGAAAAAUUUGAAGGAGUUUCUUGGGAGCAGUUCCUGGAGGUGAGAGGGGUAGACUAUAGAGGGGGAUCCUCUUCAGACUGGCUCUACCGGGUGUAUUUGGACAAUUUUGACACUCUGGAAAAGAUGGAUCGCACCACAGCAGAACUGAUUAAAGGUGGUCCUUCCAUGGAGUUUGUGGUGAGCUUCGAGGGUGAGCCUCCGGUGGUCAAGAAAGAGCUGCCUCGCUUCGUGAAGUUGGAGCUUGCGAGGUUGGAGUCGGUGAAGGGAGAUGGCACAAGGCCAUGGGCUGGGUACAUUGCAGUCCACCUCACUCAUGAUCCCGAAGAGAGUCCUUAUUUGAGUCCUGGUUGGCAGAUGCGUCAAGGAGAGAAGCUCCCCACAUUUACCACCGCUCGGCCCCGUUCUUCCCCAGGGAAUAGGCCCGCGGGACUACGCCAUUGUCAAGAGCAUGAGCUGGCACGGUGGAGAGCGGAUGAUCACCGUUACCCACCUUAUGUUUACCGUGAUCAGUUUUGCCUGGUGAACUCAAAGGGUGAAAUGAGGUUGCCUUCUAUCAGUGAAAAGGAAGUGAUCAUGGGGUUCCCCUUGGGUUAUACCUCGCUUUGUUUGCCCAAGAACCUGCAGAAGGGUUCGCACUAUGAAGAUGUCAGACAUUCCCUCAUUGGGAAUUCGUGGCAUGUGCCGGUUGUGUCUUGGUUGAUGAUGCAGCUGUUCGGCCCUUUGUGCCUGACUCCCCAAAAGACUUUGGGCAACCUUUUGGAGGCCAUCCGACCGGGUAGUGAAAGGCAACUCCAAGGCUUUCUGAAAAGACUUCCGCUUAGGGAGACUAAGGGAGCGGUGGCUCCGGUGGAUGAAGUGGUAUUGGCCAAAAAACUGACCAAUUUUGUGUCAGUCAAAGGUCUAGAAGAAUUUCAGUUUCGCCCCUAUAGCCUUAGGAAACUCCACUGGUUUGAGGAUUUCCAAGCCAGGUUUGGCCUUGAGACCCGGACCAUUGAGGCUGGAAGCGGCGGGAAGGAAUAUGCGGAUGGCGUAGCAUGGCAUCGGCAAGGCUUAUUCCAGUGCGAAGAUAGGGUGAACUCGGGCAAAGAACUCGGGGAGGAGGAAUUGCUUUGGAGCAGGGAAUAUGCCUCGGGUGGAGCAUAUCAAUUUUGGAGCCUCGGACAGCCGAAGGUGGAGAUAGAGAACCUUUGCUCCGAGCUAAAACAGCUGGAGGAGUUUGAGGGGUUCUCAGCGGUGAUUUUGGGAUGUGGUUUGGGCUUAGAUGUGGCCCAUCUGGCGUCCGCGGCCGCGGUGAACGCGGUGAACGGUUCCGCCGUGGUGGUGGGCGGAGUGGAUUUCGCGUGGAAGGCCAUCGAGGUGGCCCGCAGUCAGCAUGGGGCCGCCGGUUGCUUCUUCUACCACGCGGAUGUGUGCGAAUUGCCCGCGCCCUCGGUCCCGCUGGACAUGGUGAUUGACAACACCGUCUUCCAGAAUGUGUUCAGGAGCGGGCGCUUGGAGGAGUACCUGGAGACGUUGACCCGCAUCUCCACUGAAGGCCACACGUUGCUCCAUUUGAACCUCAUGAGCCGUGAGGGUGUUGAACAACGACCCCAGUUCCGAGAAGCUAUGGAGCAGUUGAACCUUCCGCUGCUGACGCGCGACGAGAUCCUGGGUGCCUUGGGCGAUCAGUGGCAGGUGACCGACUGCCGCGAGGGCCACUAUGAUUUGAAGCCGGAGGGAGCUGGGCUCCAAUGUGACGCUUUCUAUUCCUUGGACUCGCCCACACCAGGGAUUCCCAGCUGGUGCAUCAAAGCCCUGCGCCAAAAAAGGGCGGCACCGAUUGGGGUUCCCACUGGCCCAAACUGUGACCAAAAAAGGUUGCUUCGCCUAUCCGGCGUAACUUGUGGAACUAGCUGUGCGACCCCUUCUCGCCAUUCUACCAUCAACACCGUCACGAACAUGAUCAAGGAAGCAAAACUUCCCCGGAUGCACGCAAGCUUCGCGGCGAGGGGGCACCUUCAAGACCCAUUUGUCGAUCCAUUCCAUGGGAAAAGUUGCACGACACUUCGGUAUUUUGGUGCAAAAGCCAUGAUGUCCUGUAAAUUGUCCCUUAAGCCAAGCCUUGGAAUUUGCCUUUGA